UGUUCAUUGGCUUACAUCGCUGAGCGUCAGCGCGGGGGGGGGCGGUCCUGACGAGGAGUUUAUUGUCAGGAAUGUGUAGUAGCAGUCAAACCAAUUUACCGCAUCGAGUGUGUCGCACGCUCCCGCAGGGCACCAUCCUAGUUCGGAAAGCGUUUACUGGAUUAUCUCCCGGUAGUUUGACAUAACAGCACUAAUCGACCUGUUUUUAUGAUGCGAGUUUUUACUUGAACGGACCAGAAAAUCGGCUCUGUUUUAUAUUUUGGCGGAAGAAGAUUGUUUUACUUCGAGCACGACAUCAAUGCCAGAUUCAGCAACGAUGAGCAAAAACGGAAUGGUGACAACAGUCCACACGAGGAUAAGAACUGAGCCGUUCACAUCCAAUUACGAGUUGGUCGGCAGAGAGCUGGGCAGAGGAAAGUUUGCGGUGGUGAAAAAGUGCAUUGAGAAGGCAACAGGGAAGCAGUAUGCUGCCAAGUUCCUGCGAAAGCGGCGGAAGGGCGCGGACUGCCGCAUGGACAUCUUAAAUGAGAUCGGCGUGCUGGAGUUGGCCAAGACAAACUCCUAUGUGGUGGCACUGCAUGAGGUCUACGAAACCAACACCGAAAUCAUCCUGGUUCUGGAGUGCGCCGCCGGUGGCGAAAUCUUCGAUCAAUGUGUUGCCGAUAACGACGACGCCUUCACAGAGAAAGAUGUGAUUCGGCUGGCCAGGCAGAUCCUGACUGGAGUGGCUUUCUUGCAUCGGAACAAUGUAGUGCACCUGGACCUGAAACCACAGAACAUCUUGUUGACCAGUGCCAGGCCUCUGGGAGACAUACGUAUCGUGGACUUUGGCUUGUCCAGACGCAUGGACAACAUCACAGAAGUCAGAGAGAUCCUGGGCACCCCAGAGUAUGUGGCACCAGAGAUCCUGAACUUUGAACCCAUUAGCACUGCGACAGACAUGUGGAGUAUCGGGGUCCUGACCUACGUCAUGCUGACAGGCGAGUCUCCCUUCCUGGGUGAUGACAAGCAGGAGACAUUCCUCAACAUCUCCCAGGUCAACAUAGACUACUCGCAGGACACGUUUGAGGGGAUCUCGUCCCUGGCUGUUGACUUCAUCAAGUCCUUGUUGGUUAAAAACCCCAGGGAAAGAGCCACAGCAGAAGAAGGUCUCAACCACCCCUGGCUGAACCCACUCCCCCAUCCGCACUCCCACCCGCACCUCCAUGCAAGGUCAGCCUCUUCUUUGGACGAGCCGGAGAUGAGCCAGUCGGAGUCAGAGCCCGAGAGCCCUGCUCCCUCCCCUGAGCUGGACUUGAUCGGGACGUACCUCAUGUGCCCGGGCCAGGGUGAGCUGAAGACGGGCCGUGACGCCUUCUCCUUCAGCGAGCCCCCCUUUCCCACUCGACCUGAGAUACAGCAGGAGCUGAUCUGCUGAGAGACGUUUCACAGGUGGAGAGAGAGACUGAGCAAAUUCAAACUCCGCAGAGCAGACGCUGAAAGCCAGUGAGCCUGCAGCUUCUUGGUCUUGAUCUGACUCAGGGCCAUGUUAUACGGAUGCGGUAUGCCUUCUGCUGGCUGCUUCAACUGCUGUGAUGUCUGUGAGCUGGGCUGUGUGUAGCUUGAUACCUCUGUGUGUGAGUUUGAAUAAUACACACCACCCCGUGCUGAUUUAUGAUUGCAUGGAAAGAAUGUGAGAGGAAUGAAAAUGCAGGAGAAAGGAGUGGGAGACGACACACACGAGGACUUUAAAGUGACAGAACUGAACUGGGCUCAGCUUAACACUGGGGCCAGUUCACCCCCUGCACACACACUGGUUUCUAUUUUUUAGCCUUUUGAACUGGUUUUCAGAAGGGAGGCGGCCUCCCGCUUCCUUGGGAUGUGACUUCACUCACUGUGUGCUCUCAUAAAAAGAAUUUAUGCUUUAGCUGACCCAGACAUACCUUCUGUAAUGAGUUUUGUUGAAGGAAGCAAAGGGUUUUGACAGAUGGUUCCUCUUAAAAAAGAAUUAAAGCACAGGACAACACCUACGCUGGUGCCAGAGGUUAUCUUAUCCACUCGUUGGUGUGUUUAUUUAUUUGUGUUUAUUAUACCACUUCACCCCCUUAACUAUACCAAGCCACAUCAAUGCCUGAGUUUAAGAUGGAAAAAGCAGCUUUUUUUUUUAAGGACAAUCGUAAGCACUUUUUAGUUUGUUAUUGGUUUUCCAUGUAAUAGUAAGAAACCAAAGGCUCAUCAGGCACAGUGAGCUGUCACAUUGUGUACUGUACAUUUUAACCAUUUCCCACCAUCCACUGUUUUGUUCAAAUUAUCACAAAGUGUCCUUUUUUGAACCUCACUUCUGUGUUAAUAUAACAGUUUUUAUUUGUUCAUUUUUUUUGUUUGUUUGUUUUGUUGGCUAUUGCACAAGUUGCACAAGUUUUUUUAUGUACUUAAGUGUGAGGUUGCCACUAGAUUUUUUAUGCUCUUCAAAUAUUGUGAAAACAACAGACGGACUGGUAUGCAUUGAAAGAAACAAUUGAGUUUUGUUAUCAGAAUUAUAACAGAUCAAUAAAGACACGGUCAACUGAAGGGCACAGAUUUGUAGAAAUUUGUUUGCCUUCAGAAGCUCGGGAGCAGAGAAACUGGGAAGAAUUUAUAAAAAAAUGAGAUAUGAGAAACCGAAAUGUAUAUUGUGAGUUAGUAUUAAGAUUAAUCUGAAAAGAUAAUUGAUGUGUUUUGUUUUUUGUUUUUUUUACCUGUGUAUGAAUGUUAACAUCAUUAUAUAAUGUCAUAUUUUGUACGUUAACUUUUACUUAUUCCUGUUUUUUUUCUGCUCAUGAAUUUCAGGUUUGCACUUGUCCUUGUGGACGUUUAUGUUAAAAAGAAUAAAUGUUGAUGGCAUGCAUUGCAAAAUGUAACGAAGAAAAAUACAUGUGCAUUUUGUAUCAAA